AUGAGUACAGACGCGAUCAUGCUUGACAGCCCAGCGCAGACUCCCACCCCCACCCCGAAAAGCCAUAACCCAAGCCAACCUCCGGCCACUAAUGGCGCAAACGGCGACAUCACAAUGUCGGAGACUGCAGCACCCACCAACUGGCUCAACAACCAGAAGUGGAGGGACGAGUACACCACAGCAAACAGCAGGCUGGAACACCGAUCUUUCAAGACUCCGCGUGAUCCCAUGUUUCCACCCAUGGCUCAGAAUGUGCCGGGCAUGACACCAGAUCUAGAGUCUCGCCUCCGAAAUCUCGUUGCGAAGCUCAAGGAUCACGACAAGGAGAUGACCACCUAG